AUCUUCCCGUCGCAGUCAAAAUCCCUAAAAAAUCAUCAACACUCUCUCCCCGCCUAAAAUCCCCAAAUCAUCUCCUUCCAAAUCUAUUUUUUCUAUUGGAAAGUGGCUUCAAGUGAAGGAUUCUCAGGGAGCUGCUGUUAAUCGGAAGAGGCAUGGUCAAAAUUUGAUUGCAAUCGAUAAGGGGAAUCGUGGAAUGAGAGUUGGGCCCAUUGGCUUUGUCGUGCUCCUCCUGUUUCGACUUCAAAGUUGGGUUAUUCGAGGUCCGAUCUAAGGCUGAUUCUCGACGUUUUGGGUGCGCCGCUCACACCUGUGCAUAUCACCAAUAACAACCUAUUAUAUAUUCAAGAACGAAGGUGUAAGAUGAGGAGGCACUAGAAGCAGCUCGAUGGGUUGCAAAAUAAGGAUGUGCCAAAGAGGAAACCGUAUAAGGGAGUAAACCAAGAUGAUUGGAAUUUUCUUUGUGAUUAUUUUGGAAAAAAAAGGAACAAAUGGAACAAUCUGAGAAGAAUACGAAUAAUCGAUUUUGUAGGCCACUUGAGGGCGCUCAUGGAUCGAAGUCUUUGGUCCAACACUAUCACACUACUGCCGAUACUGUGACGGGAGAGCUUCCAAGCAUGAUCGACACUUUUGAGCAAUUCUUUCAUAAAGGAGGACAAUGGAAAAAUGAUUGGGCUGCACAAAAAUAUGCUGAAAUGGUGGAAAUUCGGUCGACUCAGCUAGAAAGUGAAGUUUCUGUCUCUACUAUCGAUAAUGUGCGCCAUCCUAAAGAUGCUGAUAUCAUGACGCAAGUCUUAGGCUCACGGUCUCGUUACAUCAAGGGUUUAGGUCCAUUACCUAAACUAUCUAUAGCAGGUGGUCCUAGGGCCACAAACAUCAGCUCAAAGUAUAAUGAUGAUGGUGAAAAAAUUACGGCUAUGCAACAAAUGAUCGAUGAACAAAAACAAACUAUAUGUGAGCAGCAAAAGACGAUAGGUGAGCAGCAAAAAAGAUUUGAUGCAUUAUUGCAACAACUUCAACAUGUCAUUCCUGGUUUCUCUUUUCAACCUCCGUCGACAAGCUCUUCCACAUGAUUUCCUCCAUUAUAUCAUUGGCAUUCAGCAACACCUAUGUAGUCUUUCAUUUUGAGACAUUUUUUAAUUGGUGUUUGACUAAUUAUGUUU